AUGGCCAAGACCACCAAAUUUAAACCUGGAAAAGGAGCGACCAUCAGAGCAGCUAUUAGUCCAAAAGUUGUUUUCCACAGUGUGGACAAUGCCUACUGGCUGUGGACCUUCCAGGGUCGUCUCCUUCAGAAAAACAAUAAAGACCGGUUCUGUCAGCUACUGUGGAGACCCCGACCUCCAACCUUGCUCAGCCAGGAUCAGAUAAAGCAAAUUAAGAAGGACCUGAAGAGGUACUCCAAGAUUUUUGAACAGAAGGAUCGUCUAAGCCAAACCAAAGCCUCAAAGGAGCUCGUAGAAAGAAGACGUACAAUGAUGGAGGAGUUCAGGAAAUACCGCAAGAUGGCACAAGAAUUGUAUUUGGAACAGAAGAAUGAGCGUUUAGAGCUGCGAGGAGGAGUGGACACAGAUGAGCUGGACAGCAAUGUAGAUGACUGGGAAGAGGAGACUGUUGAGUUUUUUAUCAAUGAAGAAAUUAUUACCAUUGCAGAACCAGAGUAGUCCAAUAAAACUGUGCACCGCCAUAUCUUGUACUGAAAAGAGGUUCAUUUAUUUUCAGAAAGCCUACACCAUCUUUGGAGUUUUUAAUCCAUAUUCUCUCACUCUGGACGGUGAAUGCACCAGGUUCUCUCCAUUCUGACGUAUUGUAGUGCCUUUAAACCUCACUGUCAGCAGUGGGGCUAUUUGAAAGGCACUGCUUUUAAAUUUUUAUUCAUUUGGGAGGGGGUUGUCUUUCUUUUUAAAUCCACCACCAGUAUUUACUGUCUGACUCCUGUGCAUUGCUUACCAGUUGGCAAUUUUGAACUGUUGCCAGUACAUGAGCAUUAUCCAUGCACCUUCCAGUGUCUUGCACGCUCACAAUGCUUCUGUUUGCAGAGGAGUCUUUUUAUGUCCCAGGUGCAUGGACAGGUGUUUGUUUUGUGUGGGGAAAGAUCAGCAGGAGAACCAUUUUUCAUAUGAUGUAUGUUAGUGUGCUGAAGCAGCACUACAGUGGGCUGUACCCUCCUCCAUUCAGAUUGUGACAGGAUUCAACAGGUUGAACAUGGAA